CAUGGCCUCAAUGUUACCUUCAACUCCGGCUUGCGUUGGGUGGACCAUUUCGCGCAGGGCUGGCACGUGGUGUCAUUUUGCUUCGAAUCAACGAGACAGCCAGCCUUUAUAAAGUGCCACGUGAGUCCUAGGCUGGGGCCUCUCGCCUUCGCGGUAUGCACACAUCUCACAGAAAUCUCAGUUCUCCUAUCAUCACCUUCACCCUCCGACAACAAUGAAGACUCACCUGCCACGACUUAACGAACUCCGGAAAGUACUGGCAUCGGCUGAGAAGAAGUCGCAUUCCGGCACCCGGUCGAAUGCCUCACACUACACCGAAUCAGCCCCACCAGACGACAGUAAGCCGACCUUCCAGGCCGUCUCAGGUGAGGGCAUUUUAACCCAUGAGAACGACGCAAGCGACAGAGAUGCAAUGUCGGAAGUUGACAGCGUGGUCACAAACGAGCUUCCUGAGCAUCCCAAUAACAUGGCUGAUACGUCUACAAAGGCUCUCACAAUGUUGAUCUGCGAUCUCGAAACCAGAGUCCGAAAGCUAGAGGAACAAGUAAAGCAUCAAAACCAGGCGAAUCACCGCCUGCACAGGAGAGUGAGCAGCAUCUAUGAGAGUGUCCCGACCUCUCACACCAAACCCCGCCGUUCAGCUCGGUACAAGGAAAUGGAGUCGGAAUGGACGUCACCGGGCGAAGGAGAAGAGAACGGAUCGUUUCUCAUGCCAGGCCGGGAGGAUACCAAUGGGACAAGGUCUUAGUUACAUCGCCCGGAACUACUGUUUCACACCAAGCUUUAAGAACUGCUCGAUUCUGAGAGUAUAUAACUUUCUUCAUUCAAAAGUGAAUGUUUGUGCUGGCUGCAGUAGAGCGAGGGC